AAGAAAAAAAAAAAAACAACAGCAGCAAAAAACCUUUAAAGAUGUGAUAAAAUAUAAAUACCUAAGGGUGAGAAAGAGGACAAACUGUAGCAACAUAACUCACAAGUCAUAGAAAAACAUACACUCCUGGUAGAGCCACAGCAACAAAAUUUUCACGUGAUAAUUCGGUUAUAAUAUUCCUUCUUAUGUAAAAGAGAUCAUGACUUCCUUUGUGUAUGGCCAAAUAUGCAUUUAGGGCAUCAUUUUCAAAGGCUUUUCUUCCUUUCCAACAUGCACUUUAAAUCCAUUCUCCAUUGCUGCCUCUGGUUGAUUAACAAAGAAAGCUGGGGGGGUAAACACCUUCAAGCUCCUGGUGUCUGAGGAUGGAGGUGUCUUCCAUGCAGACAGGUGGUCCCGCUGAAAAUCAUUUUGUGAAUUCAUGUGGCCCCAGUGGGGAGGGGAUGAGAGGACCUAAGGAAUCAGGAUAACUUUGAAAAGAAUUCUGAGCACAAAGCCUCACACCAUCCCACGGCCACCAUGUGAUUCCUGCCAAUAACAGACCUCCCAUCUCCUCUUCCCCAAGCUUCUGUGCAUUAGGUAAUGACAGGGCCACACCCAUUCCAGGAAGAGCCACUUUCCAGGGAAUUAGGCUGAAGGAGUUUGUGCUUCUAGAAGUUCCUGCCCCAGAUGCUCGCAAUACUCAGAGGUCUCAGGUGUGCCGAGUGUGAUUUCUGUAUUGAAACUGAAAACAGGUCUUGUGGGAACAGCAUUGGUACUAACAGGGAACUUGUGAAAUAUGUCACUUUCUGGGCCCCACCUGAAACGGGAAGUUUCAUAACUUUUUAGAAUGGGGUCCUGAUUCCAAAGAGAUUUUUAUGCAUUUUAAAGGUUCAGAAAAAAAAUGUUUAGCUAAGUGGUCCCCAUCUGAGGAUCGCUUGAUCAGUGUUAAGAAGUAACAUCACCUGUACCCUCCACAUAGAGGCUAUUAGUUCCGUGAGAGCAGCAGGGUUGUGUUAAUUAAGUGCUCCAGGUGAUUCUACUGUGAGGCCAUGGUUAAGCCCGUGGGCUUUUGGGUCUUGGGGAGAGUUUAGAUCACGUUUCAGUCCUUGGAGAGGCAAGUCAGUGCAGCCUUCGUACCCCACGUUAGCAGAGUUUUUGGACCUUUAUAUGAAGAGAGAACACCUGUAGAUGACAAAGAGAAACUCACGGAUUGGUCUCCACCUAAGAGCUGAUUGUGCCCAAAACUGUCUUGAGACAAAGGACAGGAGAGGUUGGCUUUUUCAGCCUUUCACAGUCUCUCUACCUGUGGAUGUGUUGGGAGAAGGGAAAGGAGCGGUGCUGACUUCUUUGAAGGUAUAUUCCCAAGAUGCUUAUGUGAUUCCUCAACAUAAUAUUGAUGAGAAAAGGACCCAGAGCAGAAGGAAGAAGAGGAAGAAAUGGCAGCUUCUCAGCUUUGAUCUCAUGAUACUCAGGAUUUUUUGCCAAAGAAGCUUUGCCUAGAAGAUUUAUUCCAAAAAGUGCUGCUGGGAAUAUAUGAAAGUUAUCACCUGGACAUUUAUAGUUAAAAUAGACUGGGACUGUAAGGGAGCUUAUGAAGUAUAGAAAGAAGGACAUAAGGAAAUUUUGACAAUGACCCAGGUAAAACAUAAUGCUCUGAAAAGAAAUCAAUGAUAUUAAUCAAACUGAUAAAAACUCCAUUUUAUAAUGACAUUUGCAGGAAAAACUUGAAAGAAAAUACAUCAUUAAAGAAAUCCAUAUUCUCUGAAAGGAAACUUGAAAAAAUAUGGAAAGUAAUCUACCCUGUGCUGCAAAUCAUCUUUCAGAUCAUUAUGAAUAUAGGUUUGGAUUGAACAUUCAUUCCAACAUGUGUGAAAACUUGAUGUUUAGAAAUGAAGAAAAAAUAUACCAAUAUGAGCAGUUUGAGAACUCAUUAACCAAUGGUUCAUUAUUCUUUAACAAGCAAAUAUUUUCUCCCUAUUCUGAUAUCUCUAAUGUUGAUAAUAAUGAGAGAAUCUUUAUCCAACCAUCUUCCCUCGAUAGGUAUCAGGGCAUAAGUCAUGUGGAACAGCCAUACCUGUGUAAUCAAAUGAGUGAGACCUUAAGCACAAGCUGUAUAUUUGAUGAUUACAAGAGUAUUUAUAAUGGAACUGGAGGACAUCCAUGCAUCGAAACUGGGAGUAUCUUGAACAGAGACUCCAAUCUUAUGAAUCAUCAGAGCACUCAAUCUUUAGAGAACCAUUAUACAAGGAAGAGAGGUAGCAAUGUCCUUUAUCAAAGCCCAAAUCUUAUUACCCAUGAGAGUAUCUGUACUGGAGAGGAGGAUUACAAAUUUAGUGAAUGUCGUAGAAUUUUUAACCAGUCUUCAGAUCUUACUCAACACCAGAAUAGUCAUACUAGGAAAGAGCAUUACACAUGUAACAUCUGUGGGAAAAUCUUUAAUAAAGUAUUAGAGCUAAAGAGACAUAGGAAAAUCCAUACUGGAGGAAAACCUUACAAAUGUGAAGAAUGUGGCAAAGCCUUUACCUGGUGCUCACAUCUUACACAUCAGAGAAUUCACACUGGGGAAAAACCAUACACAUGUAAAGUAUGUGGCAAAGCCUUUACCCAGUGCUCACAUCUUACACAACAUCAGAGAAUUCACACUGGGGAAAAGCCAUAUGCAUGUAAAGUAUGUGGCAAAGCCUUUACCCGGUGUUCACAUCUUACACAACAUCAGAGAAUUCACACUGGGGAAAAACCAUACACAUGUAAAGUAUGUGGCAAAGCCUUUACCCAGAGCUCAACUGUUACAGCACAUCAGAGAAUUCACACUGGGGAAAAACCAUACACAUGUAAAGUAUGUGGCAAAGCCUUUACCUGGUGUUCACAUCUUACACAACAUCAGAGAAUUCACACUGGGGAAAAGCCAUACGCAUGUAAAGUAUGUGGCAAAGCCUUUACCCGGUGUUCACAUCUUACACAACAUCAGAGAAUUCACACUGGGGAAAAACCAUACACAUGUAAAGUAUGUGGCAAAGCCUUUACCCAGAGCUCAACUGUUACAGCACAUCAGAGAAUUCACACUGGGGAAAAACCAUACAAAUGUAAGGUAUGUGGCAAAGCCUUUAACGUGAACUCAAACCUUAAGAAACAUCAGAAAAUUCAUACAGGGGAAAAAACUAUACAAAUGUGAAAUAUGUAUCAAAGCCUUUAGCAGGUGUUCAAUAUUAACUCAACAUGAGAUAAUCCAUACUAGGGAGAAAUGAUACAAAUGUCUGUGGCAAAGCAUUUACUUGAUGCUGAAACCUCAGUCUUCAUCGGAAAAAUUAUACUGUAGUGAAGACUUAGAAAUGUUCAGAAUAUGUCAAAGCCUUUAACUGGCUUUAAUGGACAUCAGCGAAUUCAUACUUGGAAGAAUCCAUGCAAAUGUACAGAAUGUGGCAGAGCCUUUACCUAUGGCUCAAAUCUUAAUUGACCAUAAUAAUGAUAAUUCACAACAGAAAAACCUCACGAAUGUAGAGAAUAUGGCAAAGUCCUAACCAGAGCUGUUACCUCACUCUACAUCAGAGGGUAUAUUCAGGAGAGAGACUUUACAAACGCAAUAGGUGAUAAUUGACAUUUGUUCUAAAUAUACACAUUAGAAAACACUCAAGUGUUCACACUGGAAAGUUUAAUGGUGUAGAAUAUGUAAAAAAAAAAUUAGUGGAAGAUCCGAUCUAAAUAUCAGAUAAAUUGCAGUAGAGAGCAUUUAAUCAAUAACUUUUCUGGUAUUACUCUAUCUAAAUCAGAAUAUGAUGGAAAAUAAUCCAAACUUAAAACACUUGGGAAAAUUAUAUGGUAAUAUGGACCAUCAAGGGAAUGGGUUUUUUGGGCAGGUAUUAUUACUGCCAUUGUAUCCUCAUUUAUAGCGACAUUAAUAGAGAUUAUCUGAAAGCAAAAAUUCAUAUAACUCUCAAAUUAUGACAUGCUAUGCCUUUCUUUCUAGUGUGUAUGUAAACUCAUUGUUUUGACUGUUGCUGCCUUCUAGAUUGAGAAGCCCUGCUAUAUUAGGUAUGAAUCACUUCUACCUACUUUUCCGUGGACAACUAAGGAUCAUGAAAUGUAAAGUAUACUGUGAAAAUCUAAAUGGAGAUAAUAUUUGUCACGGAUUUACAACAUUCAUAGAGGUUAUAUGAGAAAAAUAUUCAGGGAAACCUCUUCAUAUUAAAGUAUACAGAGGAUCAUUCUCAAUUUCAAACAGUUGUGCCUAUUGCUUUUUCAGGAUAAAAAGUUCCAGUUUAUGAGAAUCUUGUAUCUUCAUAAUAGUAAUAGAUAGAACUUGUGGAUUUUAUUUGACGUGGUUGAAAUAAAGAUAUCUUCACAGAUAUCCAAGAAAAGUCUGGUAACCCUUUAGGGAACGGUCAUCCAGUUAAUGUUUCUCCCUAUUUACUAAGUGCUUAGUCUGUUUCAGAAACCAUUAAAAUCAAGGUUCUCAGAUCAUUAUAUCAGCAGAACAACAAUACUUCUGAGUUCUUGUCACUUGUAUUUUGAUCUAGGAUCAUACAGUAGAUUUUGAAAAGUUGUAUUUAGACUAUGUGUGAACUUAACAUAUGUUAAUAAAGCUGAAGCAUUUUUAAUGGGUUAAA